AUGCACAAGACCAUCACUUUCGUUCUUAUUAUCCUUGGUGGUAUCAUUUGUGCUUCGAAAAAACUUGGUGUUCCAUCGCACAAUAUUAAACGUGUUACUUCAGCUUUUUCGCAGCCUGAUUCGUCUUAUAAUCUUUGUUCGACAUGUUUCGCUAGUGGUGACGAUUCACUUGACAUUUUGCUCAAUUUAAUUCUUAAUGGUAGCACUAUUAGUACAUGUGGUACAUUAUGUCAAUCUUUGGCUGAAAAAACUAAAUCACAACUUCUUGGCACAUUCUGCGAUUCAGCAUGUGAUGCUGUUGGAAUAGAGAAAUUCAUUACAUUGAUUAAACAUGCUGAUCUUGAUGACAUAUGGUACUGUGAACUUGCUAAAAUAUGUCCAAUUAAAGAUGAUGGUGAUGCUAAAAUCACUACAUUCUCAAUUUCACCCACUACUGGUCCCAAAAAAACAUCGUUUUACAUUACUGUUAUUUAUGUAUCUAAGAACGGAAUUGGUACCAGUGGAUUUGCCAUUGAUAUUUACACUCUCGAUCAUAUUAUACUUAGUGGUCGAUAUUUAUUGAAAGCUGCGACAGCUGGUACAUACAGUGAAAGACUCGUUGUCACGUCUGACCCUGAUCCACAAUGCGAUCCUCUACAGGAAGAAUGUGAAAAAUGGUUGCCAGGUAUUUACAAUGUAACAGUUCAAAUUUGUAAUGGUGAAUGUGGAUCAAAAAAUCCACACUCAUCAAUCUAUGAUACAGCUAAAGGCUCAUUUCAAGUCACUAAAUAA